UUUGCAUUUGUGUGGUUGCUGGUGAACUUCGCACCGCGCGAAUCCGUCGUAAUCAGCUGUUCUCUAAAAAUAACUCACCAUUCAUUUUAGUGGUUAUGUGAUUAUGUUCAUAUUAAAAUGACAUUGUGUGGGUCAUUCGUGUUCCCAGUGUGUUAAACCAAUAAUUUUCGACCCGAAACAUCCCAAAUAACCGUAAAAAAUGUUCAAAAUUCCCUGGAUUCGAACUUUGCAAACGCGAUCGAUGCACCUCCUCAAAGACAAGGCUUAUAUCAACGGCCAGUGGCUGGGGGCCCAGUCGGGCAAAGUCUUCCAAGUAACCAACCCCGCAACGGGCGAAGUCAUCGGCACGGCCCCCGACAUGGACACCUCCGACACGCAGAGAGCCAUCGAGGGGGCCCAUGCCGCCUUCCAAACCUGGCAAGACACCACCGCCAAAGACCGCUCCCACUACCUCCGUAAAUGGUACGACCUAAUGGCCCAAAACCACGAAGACCUCGCCAAAAUCAUAACCCUGGAAGCGGGGAAGCCCCUGGUGGAGGCCCGCGGCGAAGUCGCUUACGGCAACUCCUUCAUAGAGUUUUUCUCCGAAGAGGCGCGCCGUAUCCACGGCGAAAUUAUUCCAAGCCCCAUCCCAACCAAAAAAAUCCUAGUCGAGAGACAACCAAUCGGAGUCGCCGGGCUCAUAGCCCCCUGGAACUUCCCCCAUGCGAUGAUCACACGCAAAGCAGGCGCUGCGUUAGCCUCCGGCUGCACUUGCGUGAUCAAGCCGGCCGAGGACACACCCUUCACAGCGCUUGCUUUGAUGGAACUGGCCCAUCAAGCGGGGAUUCCCAGUGGGGUUGUUAACGUGGUGACCAGCAGUCGCGAAAAUGCGCCAGCAAUCGGGAAUUUGCUAUGCGAGAGCCCUCUAGUGGCGGGGAUUUCGUUCACGGGCUCGACGCAAGUCGGGAAACUACUUUACCGACAGUGUUCCUCUGGUGUUAAGAGACUGGGGCUUGAGUUAGGUGGCAAUGCCCCGUUCAUUGUUUUUAAUUCUGCCAAUGUUGGUCAUGCUGUUAAGGGGGCCAUGGCCUCCAAGUUUCGGAAUUGUGGCCAAACGUGCGUCUCCUCUAACCGCUUUCUCGUCCAAGGCAAAGUUUACGAUUCGUUCGUUGGUAGUUUAGUUAAGGAAAUCAAAAGUUUGAAGAUUGGGAAUGGGCAAGAAUGUGGGGUGAAUGUGGGACCGUUGAUAAACCAGGCCCAGUUUGGCAAAGUCUCAGAUUUGGUCGAGGAUGCGGUUAGUAAGGGGGCGAAGGUUUUGACAGGGGGCAAAGCCGCAAGACAGUUUGGCGAGUUGUUUUACGAACCAACCGUUUUAACCGAUAUUAAGGAAAAUAUGAGGGUUUACACAGAGGAGGUGUUUGGGCCCAUUGUUACCAUAUUUAGGUUCGAGACGGAAGAAGAGGGCCUCCAGAUCGCCAAUAGUACCGAGAGAGGUCUCGCGGGUUAUUUCUAUUCCGAGGAUGUGUCCCAAAUUUUUAGGGUGGCUAGGAAACUCGAAGUGGGGAUGUGUGGGGUUAAUGAAGGGAUUAUCUCAACGGCGGAGGCUCCUUUCGGAGGGAUUAAGGAGUCGGGGCUGGGGAGGGAAGGGUCCCACCAUGGGAUCGACGAUUUUACGUAUAUUAAGUACAUUUGCGUUGGUAAUUUAUGAAGGGAUUAAUCCCGGUUUAGGUUCGUUUUAAGAAGCAUUCCAUAAGUGAAGGAAAGUGUUAAAGUUUAUUUUUCACUUUUUGUGAAUAUUAUUGCAGUGUUAAUGAACUUAGCUGGGCUAUUUCCGCAUUGUUAGGUGUGCUUCUGCCAAGUUGUUAAAUUUAGUUGUCCAAGUGUCAAGAGCUAGGUACCAAUAUUUUUCUGUUUAGUUUUAGGAAAAAAAAGUCAAGUAGUGUGUAAGUACAACACGUAUAAAGUCUUCCAGAACAAGUCUUCCGUCAUAAAGUACAUAUAUUUUAGACCUCCGAUAAGUCAAUAUUAGGUGCUCUUAUAAUUGAUUUUGUUUGUGAUAGUGUUAGGUGGUUAAUAACACAUUUUUAUCUCCUUAUAGGUAUACCAAACUGAUUUAUUCUUAUCUCAACACAAUGUUCCUGUUUGUUUUUUAUAAUAAUAAAUGUGAUAUAAAUAA